CAGGCCCGCGGGCUGCGAGGAGGGGCCGGCCCAGGGGAGGUGGGGGCGGGGCGGGGACGAGGGGGGAGGGCGGGGACGGAGGGGGGGGUGGAGGGGCCCAGGGGGCGGGGGGCAGAAGGAGGGAGGGAGGAGCGGCGAAAGGGGAGGUGAGCAAGGGCGGGGGAGGGACUAGGGAGCUGGGGGCGGGCGACUGGAGGCGGGGGCGAGGGCGGGGGUCCUGCCUGCCGGGGGAGCCGGGGCGGCCCCUUGUCCGGCCACCCCCACUGCCCAGUCCAGCUCCCGGCCGUGCCGGCUGCAGUAGCCGCAGCAGCAGCAGCGGCCCCAGGAUGGUGAGCGCCGCUGCCCCCCAACCCCGGCCAGACGCCCACGGCCCGCGCCCCGGUCUCGGGACCGGACACCCGCCCAGGCCGCGCACACUCACCUAGGACCCGGCCGGGAUGCCGAGCUCUGGCGAAGAUGCACUGGACACCAGAGCACGCCCAGCCCCUCAACCAGUGGCCAGAGCAGCACCUGGACGUCUCCUCCACCACCCCGUCGCCGGCCCACAAGCUGGACUUGCCCCCCGGGGGCCGCCAGCGCUGCCACUAUGCCUGGGCGCACGACGACAUCUCCGCGCUCACCGCCUCCAACCUACUCAAGCGCUACGCCGAGAAGUACUCGGGGGUCCUGGACUCGCCCUACGAGCGCGCCCCCCUGGGCGGCUACGGCGACGCCGCCUUCCUCAACGGGGCCAAGGGGGACCCCGAGCCCUGGCCAGGCCCGGAGCCGCCCUACCCCUUGGCCUCGCUCCACGAGGGCCUCCCGGGCGCCAAGCCGGGGAGUGGGGGCGGCUCCGGGGGCCUCGGCGGCUCCCCGGUUUUGACCGGGAACCUGCCUGACGCCCUCUACGCCGGCAACGCGUGCGGAGGCCCGUCGGCGGCGCCCGAGUACGCGGCGGGUUACGGCGGCGGCUACCUGGCCCCCGGCUACUGCGCACAGACGGGCGCCGCGCUGGGCCCGCCCCCUCCGGCCGCGCUGCUGCAGCCGCCGCCCCCGCCGGGCUACGGGCCCUCGGCGCCGCUCUACAACUACUCGGCCGGGGGCUACGCCGCGCAGCCCGGCUACGGGGCCCUGCCGCCCCCGGCCGCCCCGCCGGCCGCCCCGUACCUGGCGGCGCCCACGCCGCUGCCCGCGCCCGCCCCGCCCCGCCCGGCGCCCGCCUCCUACGGCUUCCCCGCGGCCGCUCCAGGCGCCGAGGCCGGCGUGUCGCUGAAGCGCAAGGCUGCGGACGAGGGCGCCGACGGCCGCUACCGCAAGUACGUCUACGAGCCCGCCAAGGGCCCGGCGGCCGACGGCGCCUCGUACCCGGCCGCGGACGGUGGCGAGUGUCGGGGCAACGGCUUCCGGGCGAAGCCGCCGGGGACGGCUGAAGAGGCGCCCGGCAAGUACGGCGUCGGCGUCCCCCUCGGCGUCCCCCUCAAGGCCCUGGGCUCCCCGCUCUACGGCGCCGCGCAGCUCGAGCCCUUCGACAAGUUCCCGGAGCGCGCCGCGGCGCCGGCUCCCCGCGGGAGCUUCUCGGUGGCGUCGGGGGAGCCGCCCAAAGGCGUGGACCCGGGGGCCCUGGAGCUGGUGAGCAGCAAGAUGGUGGACUGCGGGCCCCCCGUGCAGUGGGCGGACGUGGCGGGCCAGGGCGCGCUCAAGGCGGCGCUGGAGGAGGAGCUGGUGUGGCCGCUGCUCAGGCCGCCCGCCUUCCCGAGCAGCCCGCGCCUGCCGCGGACCGUGCUGCUCUUCGGGCCGCGGGGCGCGGGCAAGGCGCUGCUGGGCCGCUGCUUGGCCACGCAGCUGGGCGCCACGCUCCUGCGCCUGCGCGGGACGACGCUGGUCGCGCCGGGAGCGGCCGAGGGCGCGCGCCUCCUCCAGGCAGCCUUCGCGGCUGCGCGCUGCCGCCCGCCGGCCGUGCUGCUCAUCAGCGAGCUGGACGCGCUGCUCCCGGCCCGAGAGGAUGGAGCCGCGGGUGCGGGCGCGCUGCAGGCGCCGCUCCUGGCCUGCCUGGACGGCGGCUGCGGCGCAGGGCCGGACGGCGUGCUGGUCGUGGCCACCACGUCGAGGCCCGCGGCUCUGGACGAGGCGACCCGCCGGCGCUUCGCUCUCCGCUUCUACGUGACGCUGCCUGACGGCCCGGCCCGCGGGCAGAUCCUGCAGCGGGCGCUGGCUCAGCAGGGUUGCGCGCUGAGCGAACGGGAGCUGGCGGCGCUGGUGCAGGGCACCCAGGGCUUCUCCGGGGCCGAGCUGGGUCAGCUGUGCCAGCAGGCCGCGGCCGCCGCGGGCCUCCCGGGGCUGCAGCGACCCCUCUCCUACAAGGACCUGGAGGCAGCGCUGGCCAAGGAAGAAACUGACCUCAGAAAGAAUGUUAGACUUUGGCUGCUCUCCUGUGUGAUCCCCACCCUCUUUAGCAAAUCCUCCCAAGAAGACUCCCAAUGUCUGCUCUCCUCAAAGAAGAGGAGAGGAAGACUCAGGCCUCAACCGAACUGCUCUUCCUGGGACAGAAGCAGAAUGUAUUCUAGGGCUUCCUCCCAGGCUCAAGGUUGUAGGCAGAGAUGUGGGGGAGAGGGAUGCUUGAUUAGAGGUAGGUAUUGGUCCCUCCCUUCUGCUUUCCACUUUGAGCCCACCCCAUAGCUUCCUAAUUGCUGUGAAAGGUUAUUCUGAGUUGGCAUGCCCUUGCUUCCUUCCUGCCCCAGGCCCAGAAAGUAGGCUGAGAGGGCCCAAAUUGGGAAGGUGACUCCUAUAGCUUAUGCUAAGAAGAUUCCUUCAAGAGGGAAGACUGCAUAAAACUGAGUACAGGCCUGAGUCUGGCAGGAAGGGUGAGCAUCUGUCACAGGGGAGGUUCUGUGCAGAAGUCUCUCAUUUUCCUAGCGCACUAGAUUGAACUCCAGGAUGUGGAUGGGGUGGGAAAGGAGAUGGGUAGGCUGUUUUCUCAGAUACUGGGAGUUUAUUCUCAGUCCUGCCCCAACUGUCUACCAUAAUGCCAGACUUCAAGGUCUUCCUUGUGAGAAUCCUCUUUCUCCUCACCAGUUCUCCCAGCUGGGAGUCACCUAAUUUCCUUCCCUCUCAGAGAGCCACUUCUACAACUCUGACUUAUGGUUGUAAGUGGAAGGCUGUUUCGCUGAGCCCAGCUGCCUUUCCUCUUUCCUAUGAGUCCUCACAGCUCCUACUACUGCCUCUGCCCACUCCCAGCUGGAAGGGUGUCUCUGUGGGACAUUUCAAGUGCCAAGGUGCUGAGGGCCUGUUCUGGCCUAUAUAUAACUUUCAUAAAAAAAGCUGUUCUGUGACUUCCCCAUCCACCCCAUCCCCAUCCCUACUCCAGUCUCUUUCUAAUCCUCUUCUUGGAGCUGGCUGAGCACAGGGCUUUAGUGUUUGUAGCUGUAGGGCUUAGGGCCUUGGCUGUGAAAGGCACUGCAGGGAGCAGGGGAGAAAGAGGUUCUCUCAGGUGUUUGUAAUGUAAGGGGGUAAGAGGGUGGAUGGAUGGGCAGGAUGGAUGGACGGAGUCAGGGAAGUGGGGUUGGGAUUCCGAGACUCUCCCCUUCACCAAGCAGGCAGUUCUGGAAGGGAGGGCAGCACUCACUGAUCAAGGCCCCCACCACCUCCACUGACCUUGGGGAACUUUGCACAAGGAGGCAGUUCUAGCCUGUUAGCACCUACCUCGUGGGCACUGGGACAGGUAGAGGAGGGGCAGUCUAGCUCUGGCAGUGUUGGGGGGGCAUACCAAAGAAUCCAAAGGCAGGGAUUGGGAGAGGGCAGACUGGCAAGCUAGCUCUUUCCUUCCUCUACCCACAUUGGGGUUGGGGUUCUCUCCUCCAGCUGCAACCAUUUCUACCUCAUUUUGCUGUGUGUUGUACAUGGACCUAUUUAUCUCUUGUCUGCCGAUGCUCUGCAGUUGUGGUCUGUCUACCUCAGAAGAGACUGUAUUUUAAAAGAAAGUAUUACACAGUAUUAAAGUGAUGACAUGUGG